ACAAAAUCCAUUCUAGCAUCAUGACGACCCUCAAGCUGGUUAUCCUACCAGCGCUCCUGGCGUUAGCCAUUGCGGAGCUGCCGAUUGACGUGGUCGAGGUCCAAGAAACGCUUUAUAGGAAUGACGCGGAUCCAACCAUCUACCGCAUUCCUGAGGAUUUUGACCCUGUGCAUUACGACGUUGAAAUUAUCCCUUACUUCGAAGAUGAAGGCGAUAAAGAAGCAUUUAGUUUUGAUGGAGAAGUUAGCCUUGAGCUUAAGCCAAUCCGAGACGGACUGUCUUCCAUCACCCUGCAAGAAAAUGUACGGUCCAUAGUUUCAGUAGACCUCUUCGACAGUACUGGAUCCCCUGUAGAGUUGAACCAAUCCCUCCCUUUUGAGAGAAUUAGGGAAUACCACUUCCUGAAGAUUAACCUCAGAGAUAAUGCGACUUUGGUCAAUGGAGAUACCUAUGUUGUCAAAAUCGUUUACGUUGGUAAUAUCAACGAAACUCCCCUGUCUCGAGGUGUUUUUAGAGGCAGUUACACAGGCAGCGAUGGAAGACUUCACUGGUAUGCGGCUACUCACCUGCAGCCUGUGAACUCAAGACAGGUGUUCCCAUCCUUCGACGAGCCUGGCUUCAAGUCUACUUUCCGGAUGAUGAUCACUAGGCCUAUGCACUUUGGCGAAACCUACUCGAACAUGAGGAUUGCUAGUACUGUAGCUCUCGGAAACCGCAUCAGAGAAGUGUUCCACGUAACUCCCAGAAUGCCAGCUUACUUAGUCUCCUUCCACGUGAGCGAAGAAUUCACCGUCCUAGCGGACAAUAACGAUCGCGAAAGACCGUACCGAAUCCUCGGCAGACCAAACGCUGUCGGCCAAGGAGAGUAUGCUUUAGAAGUCGGACCACCGAUAACGAAAUGGCUGGAAGAUUAUUUGGGUAUUGAUUACUAUGGAAUGGGAGAAGAUAUGAAGAAUGAUCAGAUUGCUGUGCCUGACUGGGCUUCUGGUGCUACUGAAAAUUGGGGAUUCGUGAGUUACAGAGAGCUGCGUCUUUUGUAUGAAGAGGGUGAGACAAACGCUUUGGACAAGAUGUAUAUUGGAACAAUCACAGCACACGAGCUGGCUCACAAGUGGUUCGGCAACCUGGUCACCUGCAGGUGGUGGGAUAAUGUGUGGAUUAACGAAGGUUUCGCCAGUUACUUCGAAUAUUUUGCUAUGGAUGGCGUUGAUCCGUCCAUGGAGCUCGCAGACCAGUUCCAAAUCAUGUACGUGCAGUCAGCCCUGUCUGCCGAUGCUUCUGCUGCCACUCGCGCCCUACAGCACACCGUUAAUAGCCCUACUGAAGUCACCGGGCACUUCUCUGGCAUCAGCUACUCUAAGGGCGCUACUUUCCUGCUGAUGUUGAAGUAUUUGUUCACUGAGGAGACUUUCAAGAAGGGAUUGAACUAUUUCUUGGAAGAUCGGUCUUAUGAACACGCCUUUCCUGAACACCUUUAUGAAGCCUUUAACCGCGCCGUACAAGAAGAUAGCACCAGCGUGAGCAACGUCAACGUUGAGGAUUUCAUGAAGUAUUGGGUCGACGAGCCGGGAUACCCGGUGCUUGACGUUCAAGUCAAUACGGAUACCGGCGUCAUCAGUUUAAGCCAGGAACGCUUCUUCAUCAGCGCCACAGCCACCCAAACUGAGCAAGUCUGGCCACUGCCUUUGACCUGGACCACUGGCAGCGACCCUAACUUCGAGAACUUACGACCCUCGCGCAUCAUGUCGGGCAAUACCGACACCGUACAGAAGACAGCAGGUGUUCAAGAAUGGGUCAUAUUCAAUAUUCAGCAGAAAGCUGGUCUCUACAGAGUGAACUAUGACACGAACAAUUGGCAGUUGCUGGCAGCCGCGCUGAAGGCCGAUAUCAACUCCAUACACUACCUCAAUAGAGCUCAAAUCGUCGACGAUGUGUUCAGUCUGAUGCGCUCCGAGCGCAUGACCUACGCCCUUGGCUUGCAAGUGCUAGACUUCUUGAAGGAAGAAACCAGCUACUACGUGUGGUACCCAGCCAUCACUGGCUUCAGUUGGUUGAGGAACAGAUUGUUGCAUCUUCCUGCCAUGCGGGAGACCUAUGACCAACUCAUGUAUAUCUUCCUGGACUCCGUGAUCACCGACCUGGGCUACGACGUGCUCCCCAGCGACUCCCUCGCGAGGACCCUGAACCGGUUCUUCGUGUUGUCUUUCGCCUGCUCCAUCGGGCAUGAGGGCUGCGUCAGCAACGCUCAGGAGAAGUGGAACGCGUUCAGGAAUAAUGGUAUCAGCGUAAACCCGAACCUCCGUCGCCACGUGUUCUGCGAGGGUCUGCGCGCUGGUAACUACGAGGACUGGAACUUCCUGUACCAGCGGCGUCUCAACUCUAACAAUCAGGGCGACAGUGUCGCCAUGCUGCGGGCUCUUGGAUGCACUAAGGAUGAGACAGCUGUCAAAGAAAUGCUAGAAAAGAUUCUCACCGACGACGUCAAGGCCCAGGAUCGUGUGAACGCCUUCACUUUCCUAUACAUGGGCAAUCGAGAGAACGCCAACAUCGCCCUCGAGUUCCUUAAGGAAAGAAUCGAUGACGUCAGAAGAGCAACGGUACUCCCAGCGUGGUUCAACAACAUACUUUCCAAUCUCGCUGGCUACUUGAAUGAAGAAGGCCUCAACGAUAUGGAAGAAUGGCUACACGCUAACCAGGCGUCCAUCCCUGAAUACAGCGUAGGCAUCAGCUCCAUCGCCUCGGCCCGCGCCAGCAUGCAGUGGGGCAGCGACCGCGCCGACACCAUCAUUAGUGCCGUCAGAGGCUCCGCAGCCAUUGCUGUUCCCAGCUUCUUUUUGCUGGUCGCUUCUCUACUAACUCUAUUGAGGAACUCCAUGCUCCGUUGCUACUUAACAUUCCUAGGUGUCCUAACUGUCACAGCAGUUAGCGACACUAACUAUAGGCUCAACUCGCCUGUCAAACCUUCCUCAUACAUCAUAGCCAUCACUCCGUACUUCGAUACCAAUGAUGGAAAAGCUUUCACAUUUGACGGUGAAGUUAGCAUAAUGGUGUCAACUGAUACUAAUACUAAUCAGAUCAAACUGCAUUCAGAAGAUCUUGUCUUUACUGCUAAUAAUAUUACGGUUACUAGUGGACAGUUUGUUCUGCCAUUGGAUGAAACGAACCCUUUGGAGUUUGAUACUAAUUACACUUUUGCCUAUAUAAACAUGCAAAAUGAGCUGCAGGUGGGAGUAGAUUACAAGUUGAAGAUUGUAUACACGGGGCCAAUAAGAACAGACCUGAACGGGUUUUACAGAAACUAUUACAUCGAGAAUGGAGUUAAAAAAUGGCUAGGAGCAACACAAAUGGAGACUACACACGCAAGGAAGGUGUUCCCGUGUUUCGAUGAACCGGAAUAUAAGGCUGUCUUCACACUAGUCAUAGACCGGCCCGAUAAUUAUAAACCUUCGGUGGCCAACACGCAUUUGGCAGAUACGGUGCCGUUAGCCAACGGUUACAUAAGAGAAAUCUUCCACCCUUCACCAAAAAUGUCCUCCUACUUGGUAGCCUUCAUGGUUUCCGAAUUCGAGGGGCGAUUAACAAAUGAUACACAAUUUGGUGUCUACGUGAGACCAGACGCCAUGAACCAAACUGACUACGCCUUUGACUUCGGCCUGAGGGUAGUCAACGCUUUGAGUGACUACUUCGGCAUCGACUACUAUUCUACGAACACGUAUUUGAAGUUGGACCAUGUGGGUUUGCCGGAUUUUAGAGCUGGUGCUAUGGAGAACUGGGGGUUGGUUAAGUAUCGCGAAUCCCUCCUCUUAUACGUGCCCGAAGAAUCAACACCGUACUUCAAAUACCGAGUGGCACAGAUCAUGGCUCACGAAACUACACACAUGUGGUUCGGUGACCUGGUGACGUGUCAUUGGUGGAGCAACACUUGGCUCAACGAGGGUUUCGCUGAUUACUUCCAGGAUUACAUCACUGCCCUUAUCGAACCAGACGUAGGAUCAGCCGACAUGCUGGUCACCGGUUCAGUCUACGACGGCUACACCGCCGACGAGGCCCCGACCUCCCCAGCCAUCACCAAUAACAACGUCAACUCGCCCGCAGAGAUCAGCGGCCAUUUUGGAAAGAUAACCUAUCAGAAGGCUGGAUCUAUCAUAAGGAUGGUACACCAUUUGGUUGGGGAUGACGCGUUUAAAUUAGGGCUACAGAGUUAUUUGAAGGCUAAUCAAUUUGAGGUUGGCUACCCCGAGAACCUUUACUCCGCUCUACACCAAGAAGUUAGCAACGCUAACGCUUUUGCGGAUUACCCUGGAUAUAACAUUGUGGAUGUAAUGGGACAAUGGAUAGCAAAGGCUGGUCAUCCCAUCUUGACUGUCAACAUUGACUAUGAAAAUGAAAUAGCAACGUUAACUCAGAAACGUUUCUACAUAGAUUCAUCCCACCAAUCGAACGAAACCUACCCCAUCCCCAUCACAUACACUACAGAACUUGUGAAGGAUUUCACGAACACUAAACCAGCUUUUAUUAUGAACGAGGAAUCGCAGGAAAUAAACAUAACUGGAAUUAGUGACUCCCAUCCUUGGGUCAUCUUCAACGUGCAAGAGACUGGUUUUUAUAGAGUCAAUUACGAUGAACAUUCGUGGCAACUGAUUGGAAAUGCUUUAAAGGGAAACGCAAGGGAACAGAUUCACCAUCUUAAUCGGGCCAAGAUCGUGAAUGAUUUAUUCGCAUUCGUGUACGCCGACGAAGUGAAGUUUGAUCGGCUGUUCCAAAUAUUGGAGUUCUUAUCAGAUGAAACCGACUAUUCAGUAUGGUAUGCUGCUAUACGAGGCUUCAGCAAAUUGAGGACAUCUUACUUGGGAUCAGAUGCUCAAGCAGAUAUCGAGAAAUAUGCACUUAAACUGCUGGACGGGAUCAUCAACAAGCUGGGUUAUGACGUCAGAACCACAGACAGCUUCGUCACUCUUAGAAACCGCAUGCAAGUCUUGGAAUUCGCAUGCAAGUUGGGUCAUCAAGGUUGCAUCGAUAAGACUGUGGAACUCUUCAAGAAUAUCAAGGAAAAUGGCGUUGAAGUUCCGCCCAGUUUGCGACCAGUGAUGUACUGUAACGGACUCCGUCACGGUGACGGCGAAGACUACGAUUUUCUGUACCAACGUAUGAAGACCACGAACAUUGCUAAUGAGGCCUGGGUUAUUGGAGACGCUCUGGGAUGCUCCAAUGAUGAGGAUAAACUGAGGAGCUACCUAGUAUCAAUGUUGGAGGAAAACAGUCCAAUCAGAACGCAAGACCUAACAACGCCGAUGGUCAGCAUUUUAAGCAACUACGAACAUGUCCACGUUGUUCUGGAAGAGUUAAAACAGAACUAUACACUUUGGACUACCAUAUAUCCUUCUAUGGACACCAUUCUAGCGACAGUUGCUUCCGCCCUCCACACAGAAGCCGAAUUUAACGAGUUCGAAACGUGGUUAUCAAGCUGCCAGUGCGGCGCCCAGGCGCUAACCAGCGCAAAAACCGCCCUCGACCAGGCCAGGACGGCCACGAAAUGGGCCGACAACCACAAGCAAGAUAUCUUGGGCAGUCUGAGAAACCACGCGUUAAUGGCUACUCCAUCUUUGUACGUUACUGUUUUCGGUAUUGCGAUGGCUAUGAUUUGUAGACAUUAAGUAUUUUUGUGACAGUGAUUUAUGUAUUGUUAAGCGUUUUCAUAUUAGUAUAUGGUUUGUAGUUAAGUUUUAAGAUUAAGGUGAAAAGAGAUCCCACUCCACUUGUAAAUAGUUACUUAGUUUAAGUUGGUUAAUCAAAAUUUAUUAAAAUGAGUAAUGAAAUA